CAGAGAAUAUGUAUGUACCAGUUUGAAUGGUUAACAAUCCAACUCACGGUCACAUUUAUAUCUACUUGUAUGACGAGUACGCUUGGAUUUUUUUAGCUGCUGGACCGCUUUGGUAUUUCGGACUAAAGUUUGUCAGGCAACGUUAAGAUUCCCCGCACAAUCAAUAUCAACGUACUCUUCACGAAUCCGUACGAAGCACCAAUUUUGGGAUAAUGCCAUCACAACACAUUUCUGGGUUCCCUCCAGCAGGUCCACGACGCUCACCAGCAAGCGUGCCUGCGUACUCGUCUGCCCCGCCCAUCUCCAAAACUCCAAACCCCAAUCCGCUCUUUCAACCUCCGCAGCAUGCAUUGAAGAAUACUGUUACACAAGCCAUCAAUAGACUUCCAGUCGUACGCCGAAUUACAUACCGUCCAGAUAAAAGCAUUACAAAUACUGAUCGAUCUGGCAACUUUCAAGCGUGCUGGGUUAUGAACGUGGCUCAGAAGCAGCCACCCCCUGUGAGAGGUGCCGCGCGGGCCGCGGUGUUUUCCCCAAAUGUGUUGUACUUAAUGGUCAUUUCGGUGGAUCAUGUACAAACUGUCGCUCGAAUGAUCAAACCAAUAUGUGUUCCUUUCACGGUAUCUAUCAUUCAUUUGAAAUUUAUCGUUCUUACUGACGAAAUAUGUAGUCAUAGACGUCAACAACUUCGGUGGUUGCGUCAAGAGAAAGGUGACAUCGGCCAAGAAGCCUCAAUCACCUCAAGCAAAAAGGAAGAGAGUAGACGAGGAUAGAGACUAUGCUUUUGCAGAGCCUGUGAAAACUGUUCCCCCCUCGUCACGUCCUACCGCUUACGCUGGAACAUCGAAAAGUCUGAGUCGGAAAUUAGAGGACCAGAAGAAAAUAGUUGUUCAACAGAAGCGACCAGGGGCUUCAAAAUCCUUACUUGCUCAAACAAUUGAUGCUGCGGAUGAAGAUAAAUUGUCAGCAUCUCCUUUCUCAUUAUUCCCCGGCUUCCUUCCACUCUCUCUUUUGCUAUCUCUUCAUGCCCCCACGAGGCAUUUUGGAACUACUUCAUUUCUCCCGCAUCCUUACGAAAUUUCUUCACACUAACUAUUAGAAAGAUGGUCUGUCAUACUCGAUCUAUGUCAGAACAUUCCCAAUGCAACAGAUAUUGUCAUCAAGAAUUUAGCAAGAACUAUCAGCACAGAUACAAUACACGUAGACAACCGAGGUGCAUCAAAUAAACAGCAGCGGCUUUAUACGACUCCUCAGCUGGAGAGAUUAUUGAAAGAGACUAUACCUUUGCCGAAGAAAGCGGAGACGAAUUUGAACCAGAACCAGCAACGGAAAGGUAUUGACGAUGGUGAAGCAACAUAUAAGAGAAGAGCAGUCCCCGUUGAGGAAGUGAGUGUCACCGGAAUUUCGAGCAUUUCCAGAACUGAUCAUUCGAAACAGGAUGCUGAAGCUCCACUAUGCGAAGUUUGUGGGAAAUUAUGGCGAUGAAGAAUAACAUCGCGAAUACGGUAAUCACGUAUCCAAGAGACGGAGGCAUCGCACAUAAAUGACUCCAAUGCUUGGUCUCUGUGUAAAUAUGACAGACGUUGAUUACUUCAUUGUAUUUGUUUUCUGAUUAUCUUUUAGUUGAUUUCAAUACUUCAACCUUCCAGAUUAAU